AUGCCUGACUCCGCCAAACACCAGAAGGAUACGCCCCAGAUGCUCCAGAAGGACGUGGUACUGCCAGACAAUUAUCCAACUGCGCAGAAACUGGACGAAGUGCAGCAUGAGCACUUUGCCAUUGCAAAGAUAUUCGCGGACUUUGAUGAAACUGGUCUUGAGCCGGAAGGUGAAGCACCAGUACCAGCAGUAUCUGUGGCUCAAGACGCUGAGAGAAUGGCCGAGGAGGGCGUUGCGACGCCAGUGUCGCAAAAGAUCCAGCAAGCCAUCGGCAAGUCGUUGGAACCGCGAGCUGACCAUGAGGGUGGAGAUGCAGCGCUGGUGCCUCCAACAAGGCUGAGGUGCAACGACACAAGCGAGAAGGCCGUUAGCCACGAGAAGGUUACGAUUGCACAGUGGUUGUCUGAUCCUCCUCCACUUGAGCUUGGCGAAGUAUCAAGCCACAAUCCUGAAGGAGCCCAAGAAGGAGAAGGAGAACUUGCCCUUGCAGCCCAGGCUUGCAGCGCCUCGCAGUGGCUGGAGCAGGGCACAGAGAUGAAGAUCCUUAAGGAUGCGCAGGCUGACAGCCCAAACAAGCUGACGUGCUUGGAAGAUGAGGAUGCUACACUGCUGAAGGAGGUUGGCAACGCGCCGCCCGUCUACAUGCCAGGGGUCAAGGAGGCCCUGCACUCCAUGAACGUUGCAGCUGCUUCGAUUCACCGGAAGUGGAUCUUUGGGGGAUCGCAGGGCAUGGAUGGAGUCCUGGAGCAGUGCUUGGAGACUAAAGAGCAGGUGUCCAAUCUCACCGCUAUCCUCAAGCUUCUCGAGGGAGAUGUUGAUGUCAUCCGGCGUGAGAACUUGCAGCUCCGGGCUGCUAUGCGGGACCGCCGCUACGGCAGUGGCAGCCUGCAAGAUGGUUCCGAAGAGACUGGCCUCGGCCCCAUCGAGAGCCUGCGUAGCGAGGAGACAGUGCCUCAUGGACCCGUCAGUUCAGAAAGGGUUGCGGAUGACUUCGAGGAAGCAGGUCCUGCAAGUUUUCCACAGCCGGCGGGCUGGGCUGCCCAGUAUCCUCCUGCCGUCCUAGGAAAAGACUGGCGUGGAGAUGAAGGCUUGACAAACGAGAAAGGCAUCCUGAAGAAGGGCGAUGCCAUGCAAGAGGAUGUUGAGGGUCACGAUGCGGCGCAGAGACAUGGACAGAGCUAUCGGCAAGGUAGCCUCAGUCUAGAUGAAACAUCAAGUGCGUACAGCAAGAAAGGCUCGCCCUCAAGCAACGCUGCAAGCAGUGUUCACACAGCAAACGUGAGAUCGGAUGCUGCCAAGAACAAGCAGCGGUCCCCAUUCAUGACUGUUCAGGUUCCGGCAUCAGACGCGCCUCCCCACAUUCCUGGCAUCCCGCAAGAUGAAGACACUUGCCCGUCUGUGUGGCCUGCCUUUCUCGCCCCAAAAGGAGCAAAGAGUCACACUCAGAAAAGCCCCGCAAGCCUGGCAAGCUCGGGCUCAAAGUCUCGCGGGCCUCGGGAGCCUCGCCAGUCUCGGCGAGAUUCAAAGACCGGGAGGACGGAGCGCUGCCCUAAGCCGAAACGUGAGUCUCAAGAGACAUCGGCCGGUGGAGGACGCUUCCGCAAGUCUCAAACAGACCUUGAGGAAGACGCAGAGGCAGCAUUUGAGGCAGCUGCAGCAGCAGCUCGGCAUGCUGCCGAAGAAGCAGCUCAGGCUGCCAAGGCAGCUCAAGUGCAUGAGCGGGUGGCGGCCCAGCAGGAAGCCCAAUUGAAGCAACUUGAAGACCAGUUGAUCGCUGCAAAGAGGCGCAACGAGGAGCUGGAGGCUGCAGCUGCCAUCGCAGCUCGCAGGGAAGAAGAGCUGGCGGUACAGGCUGCAGAGAUGCAGGAUCUUGCAAGCCAGCUGAACAUCGCAAGGCAGCGGAACCAAGAGCUGGAGGCAGCCGCGCAUGCCGCAGAGGCCAUGCAAGCAGCACAAGCAGCACAAGCAGCACAGGCUUCACAGGCUUCACAGGCCGCAAUGGCCGCACGAGAAGCAGCAACUGCGGCCUGGGCGUCUGCACGACCAAGGGAUGCUAUGGAGGCCCGACACUCCACGGCAGAAUUUGAUGAUGUCAUGAUGUCCUGUGAUUACGUGCUGGUAGCCAGGUGGCGCGUGCAGCAGCAAUGCGCGGAAGGCCCUCGCCAGCUCAGGUGCAAGGGGCAAGGGAUCCAAAACAGAUUGGCACACCUUCAUGCCGGAACCUUGAUGGAGGAGUCUGAGGAUGUGGCAAGAGCGGCUGUGGCCUGGGCACCGCCCAUGGCGGUUCCCUCCGAGGCUUGUGCAAAGUGCCUUUGCCUUUCUGUGGUAGUCUUUUCCAUGCUUUUGCCGGCUGCAGCUGGCAGGGCGCAGGCAAGUCAGAAGAGGGUGAAACAGCAGGCCGCAAUGGCCAUGCCGUACAGCACAUUUGCGCAAGCUGGAUCUUCUGACAAGAUCUCUGCUCAAGCCUUCGUGCCUGGCAAAAGGAAGAGGCUCAAUGCCUUGGCGGUUGGCCUCAACAUUCUGCUUCCAACGCUGGCCUACGCAACUGUGUUCUGGGCCCUGGCAUUCACUGUGCGCUAUGAGACUCCCCGCCUAGCCUGGUCCAUUGCUGCAUCGGGUCUUCUUGCUGCUCUCGUAUCGUAUACUGUUGGCAGAUGUUCUCGCAUCGUGGAUGCACAGCCCAUGUGGUAUGCCUUUUUUGCGAUCACGCUGGGGCUCGCUGUUCUGAUGGGAGCCAUUCUGGGUGACUACACUUUCCUCAGCACGAUGGAGGCUGCAUUGGACUUCCAGAACUUGAGCAGUUACCCUGCUGUGGACCCUGCUCGACAGAAGGGGCAGCAGCUGAUGGAUGCGGGUCGAGUCUACUUCGCUUCCGGCAGCAGGCUUGACUUCACAAAGUCGAUGAGCUUCUAUGACUUUGAUGAGUACUGUGUCGUCCCCAUCGUAAGUGGGGAUGAUGAUCUAGCGUCAUACGAUUUCUGGGCAGUGGGGGUCAACUGUUGCAGUGGAUCAAAGCAGCUCUUUCGGUGUGGAGAGUACAGCAACACACACGCUCGAUCAGGCCUUCGCUAUCUUGAUGAGGGCAAGCGGCAAUACUUUCGACUGGCGGUGCAGCAGGCGGAAGCAGCCUUUGGAAUCAAGGCCAACCAUCCACUCUUCUUCACGUGGACCCAAGAUCCGCUUACGAUGGUCACCAGCAAGGUGGAAGCUGCGUGGAGGUUCUAUGGCGUCACCGCACGGCAAGCGCGAGGAGAUGCCCUGGUGGAGGAGCCACGGCGGCACAAGAGCGCAGGUGCGCCUGGCAGACACAAGCUCAAGGACAGCGCGUUCGGCUCCGUUCAGCCUGGAAUACAGAACAUCCAGCGAAUGAGCGAGCUGGACAAGUCAGACAGGGACCAGAAAACAUCCGGUGCGAGGACUAAGCCAGACCGCGGUGGACAACGCGCAGGAGCAAGCUCCUCGACAAAAAAGGCCGACGACAAUCCACCUAGCAGCAUGCUUAGUUCAGAUCGUUCGGAUCGCAGAGGUGUGGCAGCGUCAAAGAGUGGCGGAGCCUUCCCAGGCCUCACCAAGCAGCUGCCAGAGUCACCAGAGUCCCCAACGUCGCCACAAUUUGAUCCGAGCGCAGGUCGGCAGCGAGGCCGCGAAGUGACGUUGACAGAGGAGCGCUUCUUUCAACCGCCGCCGUGUUCAUCGCAAGCGGAUCAGCGCAGCCCAGGCAUCGAUGAGCGUGAAAUGGAGGUCAUGAUGGGGGUUGACGAAGACGGCGACGGUGCGAGAAGCUGCUGGCCGUCUCAAGCUGUUUCGAUCAGCUCCAUCGGGUCAUACAUGCACAUGGAGGAGCCAACAGAGGUGACCCCAGAUUCGCUUGGCCAAUCUGCCGGCUGGAAGAAGCUGCGGGCAAAAUAUGGCACGGCUGCUGCCUUCGAACAGCUGCUGCAGCAAGUGAGAGCGCACAACAUGCAACAGCUAUACGAAGACGAUUGGACACAUACACUCGCGAGUUCGCCGGUUGGUGCAGAUGGUCCUGGAUCUCGUGGGGUUGUGAAUAUCUUGGAGGGAAUGCUGAAGGAAGGGCAGAUACGAGGAUCUGAAAUUGAUGAUAAGCCAAACAGCGAAGAUGAAGAGGAGGACCGAUCUUUGGCAGGUGGCGAUGAGGGCGGGUAUGGUCCGAACUGGCGCAAAGUGAGACGGGCAGUCGAAGUUGCAUCGGCAUUCAAUGGCCUGCUACAAGACGUCAGGGACAAUCAGGCUGGCAGUCUCUAUGACCGUGAUUGGAAUCGUCCCGGGUUUGGAGGCAGCACCAAAUUGAUGGGGCCAAGGAUGCCAACCCAGUUUUUGGGUUCUCCAUUGACCGGCUCGCAGCGACUCAGUCGAACGGCUCGGCUUGACUCUCCGCCACGAAAUGGUGCCAAAUCUCAGAAGCUGACCAUGGUCUCCAAGUCCAAGUCACAGAAGGUCGUCUCCACAGCUCAUGCGACCACCCCUCGCUGGACCCAAGUUUCCUCGCCCCAGAGCUCAGUCUCUUUGUCAGACACGAUGAACUCUCCACCAACAUCCAGGCCUGGUUCGAAGACGCUCUCUGGCAGAGCAGAGUCCCUUGCAAUAACCGAUGGGUCGGAGCUUCCAAGUAGCAGAAAGAAGCAGCCAUCAACAACUUUCUCUGAGCAUGUGGGAUCAAACAGCAAAGCAGCCUCAAGGGUGGUGUUAGACUCUCGCACAUUACCGCUGGAAGUCGCUCUUGAUGCUGAUGAUGACGAUGCUCCGGGCACUCCAGAAGCUGAUUCUCGGCAGCCUUCCCUGACACUCUCGGUAAGGGAGGGCUCCAUGGUGCUGGCCCAGACUCCAUCGCUGGCAAUGUCUGUCAGAAACGGAUCCAUGGCGUUGUCGGAGAAGGUCGAUGAUGACCCUCGGGACGAAAGCUGGAGCCUUGAGCUGCUCGUGCGUCUUUCAGCGCUUGGCUCUUGCAGUGCGACCUGA